CAUUAUAUCAAGUUACCUAGCUAUUCUCAUUCUCAUAUAAACAUCCAUAUAUUUAGAGAGCAUUAAUUCAUUCUCACUAUCAUAAAAAUUAAGGUUGAAAAAAAUUAGCCAAGUGACAAUGGCCCUACAAAAAUAUCUCUCAUUCAUUACAAUCAUGAUUUGUUUUGUUGUUUGUUAUAGUAGUACCUUGCAAGAGGACCCACUUAGUUUAAUUGUUGAGGAUUCGCCUUAUAUUAACGAUGGGACAUUUAUCAAGCAAAGCAAAGAUCAUGUUUUGGGCUUAAGGAGGUUUGACAAGUCGGGUGAAAUUUCUCUUAAUUCAUUUAAAACUUUUAAUGUUGAUGAUUUUGGAGCUCAAGGAGAUGGUAAAAAUGAUGACACACAGGCAUUCAAUAAGGUUUGGGAAGCAGCAUGUUCUUGGAAGGGAACAGCUAUUGUGUUGGCUCAAAAGAAUUACCUUCUUAAGCCAAUCACAUUUUCUGGUCCAUGUAAAUCUAACAUAGAAGUUCAGAUCUCUGGAACCCUUGACGCAUCAAAUAAUCCAUCUGAUUACAAUGAAGACCCCACACACUGGCUUAUGUUUGAUAGUAUUCAGAAACUAACUGUUAAAGGUGGUGGAACUAUUAAUGGAAAUGGAAAUAUAUGGUGGCAGAACUCGUGCAAAAAGAACAAAAAGCUUCCUUGCAAGAAUGCCCCUACGGCGCUGACAUUUUACAAGUGCAACAAUUUGGUAGUUAAGGACUUGACUAUAAAAGAUGGGCAACAGAUUCAUUUUACAAUUCAAGAUUCUAGCAAUGUUAUAGUUUCUGGUCUCACCGUGACAGCGCCAGAGGACAGUCCAAACACAGAUGGAAUUCAUGUCACAAAUACUCAAAACAUUCGAAUCUCAAGCUCCACCAUAGGAACUGGAGAUGAUUGUAUAUCAAUUGUAGAUGGAUCAAAGAAUCUAAAAGCUACAGACAUAACCUGUGGACCAGGCCAUGGUAUCAGUAUUGGAAGCUUAGGGGAAGGGGGUUCCAAGGAAUUUGUUUCAGGAAUAACGGUUAAUGGAGCUAAAUUUUCUGGAACUACCAAUGGAGUAAGAAUUAAGACAUGGCAGGGAGGGUCAGGAAGUGCAAGCAACAUCAAAUUUCAUAAUAUUCAAAUGGAUAAUGUGACCAACCCCAUAAUUAUUGAUCAGAAUUAUUGUGAUCAACAGACUCCAUGCCAAAAACAGAAAUCAGCUGUUCAGAUAAGGAAUGUGUUGUACCAGAACAUCAAAGGCACAAGUGCUUCUGAUGUGGCAAUGCAAUUUGAUUGCAGCCAGAACUUUCCAUGUCAGGGGAUAGUAUUGCAAAACAUAAACCUGCAACUUGAAGGUGGAGGAGAGGCCAAAGCUUCAUGCAACAAUGUUAAAUUGUCCUACAGAGGAAAUGUUAGUCCUCGUUGUAGUUACAUUGAGGAAAUGCAUGAAAUUGGCUCGAACAGAUUUAUAGUAUGAAUUAAUUGAUUAAUAUAUACAGGGCUAAGACAUGUUUAUUUGCAUGUUUAUUUGUAAUGAAUAAUGUAAUUUCUUUAGAGAUUGUUAUAAGUGACAUCCUUUGUACCUAAUUAUGUACAUAAAUAAAGUGUAACUUAUUGAUUUGUAAUGAAUAGUGUAAUUUCUUUA